CUCCGUUUAGCUAGCUGGCCAAGCAUGAAGUUUCAUAGACCGGUUUGGGACAAGUACAAAUAAAAAUGCGGUGAUGCUGUAAAGGUGAGAUGCCACCCGCCAUAAGAAAACAAAGAAGAAGAAAGACAGCAAACGUCUCGUCAAAUAAUUCUUCCUUUGGUUGUACUGAAGCUUCGACACAGUCAGGUCGUGGCUACCGACUGGAUGAAAACGUCAUUCAUUACAUUUUUGGGAUGAACUCGUCACCGUUGCACUUUGAACUCCUCGGCCUUAGCUUAGCGUAAGUUGCUAGCUGCGAACAAGGAUGCGCGUUUCCUCACGUCACGUCGUCCAGGAGAGACCCAAGUGUUUGCAUCGCCAUCGAAAUGUGUGCAAAACGCGUGGGAGAAGGAGAGCACGAGGAGCAACUUUGUCGACGCGAAGAGGCGAACGAGACACGACAUCAGCUACUGGACGCUGUUUUCAAGCAGCUUCGUAUUGUGUUGCACAGAGCAGAUAUCAAAGAUGAUCUUCAUCCUGAGCAGCGGGAGACAGUGUCACCGUACAUUAAAGAGGAAGAGUCGUCAGAGACCUCCCACAUCAAGGAGGAAGAGCAGGAAGUUGACAUCAAUUUUCCAUUGACUGGUGUCAUUGUGAAGAGGGAAGAUGGCAACGGAGACCACUGUGGAGGAUCCGUCGAACUCGACGGCCAUAUGGCUCCACUAUCUGAUAGUGACGACAUAAUGUCACAGUCUGCUGACACUGAUGAACACUCAAAAGGUGAUGUGACAUUUCACACUGACAAGAAACACAUGGAAUGUUCUCAGUGUGACAAAACCUUUUUGAACCAGUCAUCAUUGAAAAGACACGCAAGAACACACAUUGGAGAGAAACCUUUUGCCUGCUCAGUUUGCAGUAAAAGAUUCUCAAGAAAGGGACAUUUAAGAACACACGCAAGAACACACACUGGAGAAAAACCUUUUGCCUGCUCAGUUUGCGGCAAAAGAUACUCUGCAAAGAAACAUUUAAUAGCUCACACAAGUGUCCACACUGGAGAGAAACCUUUUUCCUGCUCAGUUUGCGGCAAAAGAUUUACGAAGAAAGAAUAUUUCAAAGUACACACAAGAGCACAUACAGGGGAGAAACCUUAUUCCUGCUCAGUUUGUGGGAAAAGAUUUACUCAGAAGGAAUAUUUCAAAGUACACACAAGAACGCACACUGGGGAAAAACCUUUUGCAUGCUCAGUGUGUGGUCUUAGAUUCACUCAAAGGAUUACUUUAGCAAAUCACAGACGAACACACACUGGAGAGAAACCUUAUGCCUGUUCAGUUUGUGGUAAAAGAUUCUCUGUAAAGGGAUAUUUAACAACACACACGAGAACACACACUGGGGAGAAACCUUUUUCAUGCUCAGUAUGUGGUCUUGGAUUCACUCAAAAGAUCAGUUUAACAAAUCACACACGAACACACACUGGUGAAAAACCUUUUGCCUGCUCGGUCUGCAAUUUGUCUUUCAGCGGUCGUUCAGGGCUGAAUCAACACAAGAGAACACACACUGGGGAGAAACAAUUUCCAUGCUCAAUUUGUGGCAAAAGAUUUUCUCAAAGAGGCACUUUGACAUCACACUCAAGAACGCACAGUGGUGAGAAACCCUUCAGUUGCAGUGUGUGUCAUAAAAUAUUUUCUUAUUGCUAUCAGAUUAGGAAACACAAGUGUGCUGGUGAGUAGAGGAG